AUGAAUGCUCAAUCUCCAGCACUAAAACCUGAAACAAAAAUUAUGCAGCAGGCGGCAAUAAACUAUCCAGCAUACCGCUUGGCCAGUUAUUUUAAGCAACCAGUUGAACCUUUGCAGGUAUGGUUACCACCGCAGCCAGUACCACCUCCAGUAAAUCGUUUUGUUAUGGUAGAGCAUGAAAAUAAUCUGAAGCAGCAGCAGUUUUCAUUUAAUCGUGUGCCCUGUGCUGCAUCAAAUUUCACAGAAAGAGCCAACGGGCUGAACUAUUGGUAG